UGCUUUUAUUAAACUCAACAAUGAAGUACUUACGUCGCUUGCAAGUGACGUCAUUGCUCUUCACGUGUGGACCGUCGGUUUUCGUAAUGUUACUAGCUUGUUUAUGAACUGAUAUUCCAAAAUAACCCUUCAACCUUCAGAUACCGGCACACAAACACUAGGAACACCAUGACAUCCAGCUGUCGGCGGCCGGAACACUCAGCUCCUCCAGAUGUGUUCUACAAUGAAGCCGAGGCAAAGAAAUACUCUCAAAACUCUCGAAUGAUUGAGAUCCAGACCCAGAUGUCAGAGAGAGCUGUAGAGCUGUUAAACCUGCCAGAGGGACAGCCAUGCUUCCUGCUAGAUGUCGGGUGCGGCUCUGGUCUCAGUGGAGACUUCCUGUCAGAGGAGGGACACUACUGGGUUGGAGUUGACAUCAGCACCGCAAUGCUGGAUGUUGCACUGGACAGGGAAGUAGAAGGAGACCUUCUAGUGGGGGACAUGGGCCAGGGGAUGCCUUUCCGACCCGGCACCUUCGAUGGCUGCAUCAGUAUUUCUGCUCUGCAGUGGCUCUGUAAUGCCGACAAGAGGACACACAGUCCUCCUAAGAGACUCUACACCUUCUUUAGUACCCUCUACUCUUCUCUGUCAAGAGGUGCACGUGCAGUUUUCCAGCUUUAUCCAGAGAACUCAGAUCAGCUUGAGCUGAUUACGACGCAGGCCAUGAGGGCAGGCUUCGGUGGAGGCAUGGUGGUGGAUUACCCCAACAGCAGCAAGGCUAAAAAGUUCUUCCUGUGUCUGUUUGCUGGAGUAACCGGAGUCCUUCCCAAGGGAUUGGGAUCAGAAACGUCUGACAGAGCGGUUUCAAACCAGGUCCAGUAUUCAGGACAGAGAUGCCGGUUCAAAAACAUGAAGGGGAAAUCGGCGAAGAAGGGACGAGAUUGGAUCUUUGAGAAGAAGGAGAGGAGGAGAAGGCAGGGACGGGAGGUUCGAGCCGACACAAAAUACACAGGACGUCAGAGAAGACCUAAUUUCUAACUGACUCAUGCAGCUGAGCCUUCAUUAGCUCUUGGCUGUACCACCACGCACACGCUCACCCCUCUAACUGCAGAGUGUUUGGACUUCCAACUCUUAAAUUCAAGUGGAUGAGAUGAAGGAGUGAAAUGCUAUAAUGGCCAAUAACUUGUACUUUUGGUUGAGUGUUCCUGACAAAUGGUAGUAAGAUUACACUCUCCAUGUUCAUGUUGGCUGGAAGAUACAAAGUACACAUGGACAGACAUUUGUACUUUUUAUAAAUAAAUGAUACAUGCCGAUGUAUGUAUUAAAAUGAUUGUUCAUCGUGUUUUAGAAGGUUACACAAACAGAAUUCAUAAGGGGGAAAUGUAACUAAAUGAACUUUAAAAUUGAAUAAAAUGACAAAUUGCAGUUGCAA